ACUUUUCCUUCUUCUUCUUUCUUUCAUUAUAGUUUCAUUUAAUGGCUCUUCCUUUCCCUUCUCUCUUCAAAGUUUUCAUCUUUACAUUUUCUUAAUUAGGGUACUGUCUUCUUCUGUUUGGUUCCCAAGAAAAUAUCUCUGAAUAGGGGAAACUAACCUGCUGCUUAGGGUUUUUAUUCCUUGUCUGAAAUUGGGGAUUAGGGUUGAAAAAAGAUUGAAUUUUUCUUCUGAUUUCGAAUUGGGUAUAGCUGAUUUUUCAUCAAUUUCACUUGAUUUUGAUCUGAGACAUGUAAUUAGUUCUUUUGGCCAUUUUUUGGGUCAAAAAGAUUGAAUUUUUAUUUUUUGUUCUUUCUCUCAGUCUCACCAACUCAUCUAGAAAAUCCAUCUGUUGAGCUCUAUCAAUUUCUUGUCAUUUUUACAUGGGAGAGCGGUUACAAUUGACUUCGUCCCCAUUAUAGAAAAAUAGAAACAAAAAUGAAGUCAGAGACUUUGACUUUAGUGUUGGUGAAUUUGGCCGGAAUCAUGGAAAAGGCCGACGAGGCUCUCUUGCCCGGAGUCUAUAAAGAAGUUGGGGAGGCUCUCCACACCGACCCAACUGGAUUAGGCUCCUUGACUCUUUUCCGAUCCAUCGUCCAAUCUUUGUGCUAUCCUUUCGCUGCUUAUUUAUCUAUUCGUUACAAUAGGACUCAUGUCAUUGCUCUCGGCGCUUUUCUUUGGGCCGCCGCAACUUUCCUCGUCGGAAUUUCCUCCACUUUUUUACAGGUGGCAAUUUCAAGAGGCCUUAAUGGGAUUGGACUCGCCAUUGUAAUACCAGCAAUUCAAUCUCUUGUUGCAGACUCAACCGACGACAACAAUCGCGGUGUGGCAUUUGGAUGGCUAACCCUAACAGGAAACCUCGGUUCCAUCAUCGGCGGCCUUUGCGCAGUCUUAAUGGCCUCAAAAUCAUUCAUGGGAAUAGAUGGUUGGAGAAUGGCUUUUCAUGUGGUUGCACUCGUUAGUGUCAUAGUUGGUGUAUUGGUACGCUUGUAUGCAAAUGAUCCAAGAUUUUCCAACACUAAAAACCCUUACAUUAUGUCCGAAAAAUCAUUUGUUUCGGAGAUGAAAGAACUCAUAAAACAAACGAAAUCAGUAAUAAGAAUCCCAUCUUUUCUAAUAAUUGUGGCUCAAGGCAUUCCUGGUUCAUUUCCUUGGACAGCUAUGUCGUUCGCCACAAUGUGGUUAGAACUCAUUGGAUUUUCCCAUGAGAAAACGGCUUUGCUUUGGACUAUCUACAUUGUUUCUUGUUCUUUAGGGGCCCUUUUUGGUGGUAAAAUGGGAGAUGUUAUGGCAAAACGAUUUCCUAAUUGUGGAAGAAUUGUUCUUGCUCAGAUAAGCUCGAGUUCGACCAUUCCUUUAGCAGCGAUUUUGCUACUCGCAUUGCCUGAUGAUCCAUCCACAACAUUCAUCCAUGGACUAAUGUUGUUCAUCAUGGGAUGUUGGAUUUCUUGGAAUGGUCCAGCUACUAACAAUCCAAUUUUUGCAGAGAUAGUAGCUGAGAAAUCUAGGACAAGUGUAUAUGCUUUGGAUAGAUCUUUUGAAGGAGUUUUAUCCUCAUUUGCUCCCCCAAUAGUUGGACUCUUGGCUCAGAAUAUUUUUGGCUAUAAACCAAUUUCGACGGGGUCAUUUGAUGAGGCGAAAAUUGAAACAGAUAGAAAGAAUGCUGCGUCGCUAGCUAAGGCACUCUAUGCAGCCAUGGGCAUUCCAAUGGCGAUUUGUUGUAUUGUUUACUCAUUCCUUUAUUGCACAUACCCGAGAGACCGCGAUCGAGCCAAAAUGGAUGCUUUGGUAGAGUCAAAAUUGCCUCGGCAAGAUGAAGAUGAAGAUGAAGAGGAAGACAACUCUCUUUCGAGAGCGGAAUCAAGUAGAAUUUUUGUUGCAAAAGAUAAGGGAUGUGUGGUUGAAGAUGGCAUUGGUCAUGAAUUAGAUGAUAAUGAGAAGUAUUUUCUUUCUCAUAAGCUACCACUUCUUUCAAAGAAAGUAUAAGAAAGAAAGAAGUUGAAAUAAGGUUUGUAUUUUUCAUUUGUGUACAUUUGAUGAUGAUCAAGAUCAACAUUUGUUUAUGAUAUACAUAACAAAUAAAUUCAUGCUUUAAUAUUGUAAUUAAAUUUGUGAUGUGCAUAAAUUUGUUUAUUAUUGUGUUUUAA